GCUCCGCAGAGCGUCCUUGGCUCGCCCAGUCGCUGCCCGGGGGCGCGGCAGCCCAGAUGCUCUCCCCGGAGCCAGCGGUUCCGUGUCUGGGACGGGUCGGGACGGUCUCGGGUCAUCUCACGCGGAUGGUUGCUUCAGACGAGUAAUUUGGCGCUGUACAUGCGCGGGAGGCCUUGGGCUGUUUGUUUACAAGGGCUGGCCUUUAAACCCCGUUGCUGUGAUUUUAUGAGGUCAAAUGUCUAAAGAGUUACCGUUUGUUUCGGGAUCAGCUGCCGUGAGUACUCGUCCCAGCUCGCGGAGGGGAGCGGGAGCCAGGAGGUCAAGGCUUACUCCAAGAGUUUCCGCCUGUCACGCUCUGUCUCCGCGUCCCGUCUGUUAAAUGGGGCACCAGCCUCUGCCCCACAGGAGAGCGGGGAAGGAAAGGCAAAUUUGUUGUGCCAGUGGAAGGUGUGCGAGAUGAGGAUAUUGAAGACUUUGGCGACCCUCCCCGAACGAUGUUCCACUUCCAGUCAACGUGGAAAAAGAGGUAGCUCGUAGUAGCUGCUGGGGGUGAGGAUUUGCUCACGUUCAGAGAGCUACCUGAUGAGGAAUUACUGUGCACUGCAGCUGCUGCAAGGCCAGAGAAACCAGUUUGUGUUGAUGAAACACAUUAUAAUUCAGAGGAUAAUCAAGAGAGUGAGGACGAUUUUGAUGAAGUUCCACGUCUGACAGACUCCGAGCUGUUGAAGGCUUUGCAUGCACUCUGGCACUUUUCCCAGCAGGAACUGUGGUGUUGGCAUGGCUCGCAUUACCCUGGAGGACCUCAAUGGGUUGGACGAUGAGUCCCUUGAUGAAGAUGAGGAGCCAAUGGAUGGGGAAGAACAGAACAGGCUGUUCUCUCAUUGGGAAACAGUGGCCAGCACCCACCAAGUGACCCUUCCUCAAGAGAUGGCGGGUCCCAUCAUGCAGAUGACACAGCACAGCCAGGUGCGUGAGCCGGUGCCCUACGUCACCCUGCUGCAGCAUGAGAAGUGCGAGGAGCGGCUGUACCCAGCGGGGAAGUGGGCCUGCGUCACCAAGGGGGAGCCGAUGUACGAACAGAGCAUCUCCAUGGGCUUCAUGAAACUCAUGCGCUACAUCUGCAAGGAGAACUCCACAGGCCGCUACCUGGGCAUGACGGUGCCUGUGGUGAACGAGAUCCGCCUGAGCGAGGAGGGCACCGAGUUGCUGCGGGACGUCACCACUACCUAUUACCUCCCAGGGGAGUUCCAGCCCGACCCCCCUCUCCCCACAGACCCUGACAUCCGCAUCGUGGAGAGACAGCCGCUCCGCGUCCUGACCAGGGUGUUCUACGGGGUGACGACAGAGGAGACGAUCCUCCGGGAGAUCCGCCUUCUCUGGGAGCUGCUGGGCUCCACAGACACCGUGCUGCGGGAAAGCUACAUGGUAGCUGCCUAUGAGAACCCCAGCGUCCCUCAGCGGCGCAAUGAGAUCUGGUUCAUCCGGCGAGCAGAAUGAGUGCAGCGCAGCCCCGCGCUGGACGCCGGGCCGGGCCCCGCUUUCGAUGGCAGUUCUGGCAGAAGGAGAUGAAUGCACAGCCUGACGCACGGGUCACCGUAGAAGGGUGCCACUGCCCUGGGCUUGAAGAGGAGACCUGCUCUGCACCCAGCCCCGGGAAAACUAGCAUGUGCCAGAUGGCUGGCCAGGGCUCACCCCACGCCUGCAGGGGCAGUGUGGCAUCGAGCGCUGAAAGCAGCGGGUGUCUGAGUGGGCCCUGCGUGCCCCAGUGGGGAGUGUGGCUGGGCACACGGGGGCUGGCUGGCCAGGCUGGGUGCUUAUGCCUGUUUGUGCCAGGGUGCCGGUCUGGGCUCGAGGUGUCAGUCCUGACUUGAGUUUGCAGUGCUGGGCCUGGCACCACGGCCUAUGCAUGUGGCUGUGGGUGAAAGAUCCCUUGGGCGAUGGCUGGGGUGGCACUUCCUGGGGCUCUGUCUUCAGUCCCUCCGGGGCACUGAGGAUUCCUCCGUGUCCUGCCUGCUGAGCCCAUUCGCCAGCAGCAGGGAGGGUCUGUCCUGCAGCCAGUGGUCGGAGCCUUGGGUCGGGGGGGCCUUGCCCUGCUCUGAGCGGGGCUGUGUGUGUGCAUGCCCAGGAAUAGAGACUGGUGGUGCCUGCAAGCAAAGCUGGGAUCCUGUAGGACUCUCCUUCGUAUCUGCCCAGCCGUGUGCCUGCUGCAGGCAGCCCCUUCCUGUUGGUCAGCGCCCGCCGUGCUGCGCCUGCGGCCCCCGGGUGUUAGUCUAGCCCUCCGCCCUGGGCUGAGCAGAGAGGGGCAGCAGCUGGGUCGCUGUGUGUUGUGUUGUGCAUUGAUUGGUUGGUUUCACACUCAUGCGUGCUGCUGGGGGAGGCUGGCAGCAUGAACCUGAAAUAAAUCCAGCUCAAACCAC